AUGGCCCUCGGAUCUUCCGCGAAUAGCAUCGAAAUUCUCCAGAUGAAAACGCUAGCACUGGCAACGUGUGCGAGACUACCUUUGAUUUAUCCAUUCGUGCCAAUCUCGAAUGUAUUGUCCUCAGAGCUGAGAGCUUCGCUCUAUCGGUUUGGAGCCUUCCGCUUAGCAGCUCCUGACACCACACAACGCAAUUACAAAACUGUCGUCCAAAAGCCAGUGGCUACUAAGAUGAAUGCGACGAAAUACUCUGCAUUUGCGUCAGAGCGCGUUCGUGGGAAGACUGCGAUAUAUAAAGAAAGCGCCUAUUAUUUCCGAAAUGACGUCGAACCAAAGUAUUCCAAGGGUCCGUCAGACAACCUGUUUCUUUCAGUCAAAGCCUUAAAUACAGAGUUGGCCCCAAUCAGGCUGGAUUUGUUGAAUACUUUGUCGCAAGUUCUGUCGCAAUCACCCGCAAAAGAUGAUGUUACUCUAACGGGUGACUCGGCUCUCAAUUCGACUACUGUUGGCGUCCACUACUAUGACCCCUUUCGCUGUCUUUCCGACCGCAGCGAGUAUCUGAGUCCGUCGCAUAAGGACAGCGGCACAUUGACGAUUCUAUUCCGGACUCAUGGUAAAGACGACGGCUUGGGGGUUGCUGAUCUCGAAACCACUGAAAAACGAGGCAGCGAAGAUGUCGGGUCGGAGGCAUCCUACCAGUCCCUACCAGGGAGCGAUAUGACUGAGGUGGUCGUCUUCGCGGGUAUAAGACUACAAAACUUAAUCGGGCAAGACCGAGUUCGAGCUUCCGUACACAGAGUACGUGCGCCCAGCCCCGAAAGCUGUACAGAAUCCUGUGUGCCGCGCUUUAGUAUAGUGAUGUUCUGCGCUCCUUCCAUACCUGCUGCUCGGAUUACCCCCCACUCCUAG